GAUAGAGCUCAGUCAUCGAGAAUAUUUCGACGAAGAUAAUUGAAAGUGAUAAACGUGUUCGUGCAUUAAAUUCAUUGUGUAAAUUGAACGGUCGAAGUUCCAUUGCCAAGCGAUGGCAUAUUUAACAGAUACAUGGAAACUUGACAUAAUUGCGCUGCUGAUUGGUGUAUGGACAUUUUUAUACUUUUAUGCAAAGCGUCAAUACUCAUAUUGGGAACGAAAUGGAUAUAAAACAUUGCCAGAAGUGAGCUAUGUAUUCGGUCAUUUUAAAACUGCCUUUCUACAAAAAGAAUAUUUUGGCGAACUUUUUGCGCGACUAUACAGGAGUACAAAUGAACCAUUUAUUGGUGCCUACUCCAUACUUCGUCCGAUGCUAUUGCUUCGUGAUCCUGAGCUGAUACAACGGAUUUUAAUCAAAGAUUUUUCAUAUUUUACCGAUCGCGGUGUUCAUUGUAAUGAGUCGUUUGAUCCGUUGUCUGUGAAUUUGGUUGGUUUGCCAGGUGAUAAAUGGAGAAAUUUGCGUGGAAAACAAUCGCCCGCAUUUACGUCGGGAAAAUUAAAAGCAAUGUUUUCCACAUUGAUUGCUUGUGGUGCUGAUUUGCAAAAAUACUUGGAAAAUUUGGCCAACACAGAUGAGCUACUCGAUAUUCGUGAAGUGUCGGCGUGUCAUCAAACAAAUGUGGUCGCAUCCGUUGCCUUUGGUUUGGAUGUUGACACCAUCUCGAAUCCAAAUCAUGAUUUCCGAAAGUACGGAAAAAAGAUUUUGGAAUUGAAAGGUUUCAAUGCAAUUCGAUUUUGUGUUAAUUUUAUUGCACCAAAAUUGAUGACACUAUUUCGAAUCAAGUGCUGUGACCAGAGUGUUGAAGACUUUAUAAAAUCAAUGCUGCAACAAACGUUGGAAUAUCGCGAAAAAAAUAACGUCUAUCGCAAAGACUUUUUGCAAUUAUUGAUUCAGCUACGAAAUACCGGCACAGUGCAGCUUGAUGACGAAUGGGAAACGGUGAUAAAACGUGACAAGAAAAUGAGUUUGAACGAAAUCGCCGCACAGGCAAUUGUCUUCUUCGGUGCCGGCGUUGAGACCUCAUCAACAGCACUCACAUUUUGUAUGUUCGAAGUGGCCAAACAUCAAGGCAUUCAAGCACGUUUGCACGAAGAAAUCGAUCGCGUUUUGGAAAAACACGAUGGAAAAAUUACGUACGAUGCACUUUUAGAAAUGAAAUACAUGGAAGCAGUUAUUGAAGAGGCUUUACGCAAAUAUUCAGUCGCACCGAUGCUAGAGAGAACUUGUGUACAAGAUUAUGUGAUACCUGGAACGAAUAAAGUCAUUUUAAAGGGCAUUGAUGUUCUUAUACCAAUAUUUGCAUUGCACCGUGACGAAAAAUAUUAUGAAAAUCCACAAGUUUUCGAUCCAGAACGAUUUAGCGAUGAAAAUAAAAAAGGCAAAAACCAAGUCAAUCGACCAUAUUAUCCGUUUGGUGAUGGACCUCGUAACUGUAUAGGGAUGCGAUUGGGGCAGUUACAAACUAAAGUCGGCGUAGUCAUGAUGUUACAAAAGUUUCGAUAUGAACUUGAAGACAGACUCAAAAAUUGUGAACUUGAAUUUGAUCCAAAAGCUUUCUUAUUAUCACCAAAGGGAGGACUUCAACUAUACGUUUUCAACCGAUAACACCUUUUUUUUAAUUCAUUUGCGUCAAUACAUAAGUACACCUUUUCAAGUGAUUCUCAUAAACUUUGAUCACCUUUUAUUGUAAAGGCGAAUCACCGAUUGAAAUACUUCAAUUGAACACGAUGUAAUCAGUUAAGAGUAAUAAAACUUUAAAUCAA